CGGGGCGAUGCCCUGAAGGAAAGAAAACAAUCAGUGGAGAUCUCACUCCUCUUCCUAUUUUACUCCAGGGAAAUAGCCUCUAUAAAUGGCCUCGAGGAACCAUAGCACCAUCACGGAGUUUAUUCUCAUUGGGCUGUCCGCUGACCCUCACACUGAGGCUCUGCUGUUUGUACUCUUCCUGGUGAUUUAUCUUCUGACCAUGAUGGGGAACUUGUUGAUGCUGCUGAUGAUUAGGGUAGAUUCCCACCUCCACACACCCAUGUACUUCUUCUUAAGUAAUCUGUCAUUCCUGGACCUUUGCUUCUCUUCUGUCACUCUACCCAAGCUACUGGAGGACCUCCUGUCUGAGAAGAAAACCAUCUCAGUAGAGGGCUGCCUGGCUCAAGUCUUCUUUGUGUUUUUCACUUCAGGAACUGAAGCCUGUCUGCUCUCAGUGAUGGCUUAUGACCGCUAUGCUGCCAUCUGCCACCCGCUGCUUUAUGGCCAGGUGAUGAGCAACCAGCGCUGUGCGAAACUGGUGUUGGCCUCAUGGGGCCUGGCUUCUCUCAAUGCAGUUGUGAUUUUGCUCUUGGCUAUAAAUAUGGACUUCUGUGAAGCCCAGACUAUACACCACUUCACCUGUGAGCUACCCGCUCUCUUCCCCUUGUCUUGCUCUGAUAUCUCCACCAAUAUCAAUAUCCUACUCAGCGCCAGCUUACUGCAUGGGCUUGGAACCUUCAUGCCGAUCUUCUUAUCCUAUGCACGUAUUAUCUCCACCAUCUUGAGCAUCAGCUCCACCACAGGCAGAAGCAAGGCCUUCUCCACCUGCUCCUCUCACCUUAUUGCGGUGGUCCUGUUCUUUGGUUCAGGUUUUCUUUGCUAUCUCAUGCCUCCAUCUGGUUCCUCCAUGGAUUUGCUUUUAUCCUUGCAGUACAGUGUGAUCACACCCCUGAUGAAUCCACUUAUCUACAGCCUAAAAAACAAGGAGGUGAAGGCAGCUGUGAAAAAGACAUUGGGGAAAUUUCUAUAAUUUUGGGAUAGUGAACAAAGAAAAUUACUCCACAAAAUUGAAAAGAUUGUAUUUUUUGCAUUUUCUAUUUUGUCUCUACCUUCUCUCACUACAUAGGGUAAGAUAAGGUGAAUGUAAGAUCCCAGAGCUUGCCUGAACAUGAGUCUUGUUAUUCCAAGGUAGGAGCUCUUG